CUGACAACCCUGGUCGAGAACGUUCACAUUGUAAAGUUGGCAUGAAGGUGCCCAUAAUUUCUGGGAUAUUUUGAAAUUCCAAACAUCUGUUGCUGCAGGGAUCAAGAUCACAGAAGAUGGAAAGAUUGGACGGCGGCAGCAUGGAGAAGAACUGCAGGGUCUGUGCCGGCCACUCGACUCUACUGGUGGACCCCUUCUCCACGGAGAUCUCCGAUCCGCCGAUUUCAGAAAUGCUUAACUCGAUUCUGGCCGAGAACUGCCGCGUCAAUCGGGAUGCCCUGCCUCAGAAAAUCUGUCCAACCUGCCUGGUGGCCGCCCAGCAAGCGUUCCACUUCAAACACAAGUGCGAAAGGAGCUAUCGUUACUUUUCCGACCUCGUCACGGCGGCAACCUCCGGCGACGUUAUUCGGGAUAAGAGCCGAGGCAGGAGUGCUGCCAAGGAAUCGUUCAUUGCCUUCGAGAUGGUCGGAUGUGAGGACCCGCUGGACAACACAGAGCUGCCAAAAAGCGAAGAGGAAAAUGAUGAACUUGUGAAAGAUGACAUCGAUUCUGGGUCUUCGGAGUUAGUUCCCGGCUUAUAUGUAGCUCUCGAAUUGGACAUGAAUGAUGACAUAAAGUUAGAAAAAGAGCAGAGGUCCAACGGGGCUUCAAUCGACGGUGCGGAUAAACAAGCUGAAGAAGAGGACGCGGAGGACUAUGAUGAGGACGACGAGGAUGACGACGAAAGAGUUGAUUGGUCCGAUGGCUGGUCCGAAGACCAAGAGGAGUCUAGGAUGCCUCAGGAUUCAGAGACCACAACACGGGCUGUCGAGAAGGAUCUAUCCCUGCUGUGCACAGAGUGCGGAUUGACCUGCAAGUCGCACAAGUUGCUGACCAGGCACAUCGCUCGGCACAAGGAAAAUAAGGAUCCUCAGCGACCACAUUUGUGCGACACCUGUGGCCGGGGCUUCAGGACAAAGGCUCAGCUUACAAUCCACACGCGAAGACAUACGGGAGAACGACCCUUUAAAUGUACAAUCUGCCCGAAGGCGUACACGCACGGUCCUACGCUCAGGAUGCACAUGCUGACCCACGACGAGACGAAGGCCCACAAGUGCCUGGAUUGCGAAAAGUCCUUCUACAGCAUAUCCAGUCUGAGGGCCCAUCAGAGGUGGCAUUCGGGCGACCGACCUUACCAGUGUCCCGACUGCUCCCAGACCUUCGCCAAAAACUCGGGACUGAAGCUCCACCAGCGCCUGCACACCGGUGAGCGACCGUUCAAGUGUCAUCUGUGCGAUCAGGGUUUCGUCCAGAACCACCAUCUUGUCACCCACCUACGCGUUCACAACAAGGAUCGGCAGUUCAAGUGCCCCGACUGCGACAAGUCCUUCUUCGAGAAGUCCAACAUGAAGAAACAUCAGCGCACCCAUUCCGACGUUAAACCGUUCCAGUGUGAGGAGUGCGGCCGCGGCUUCUCACACAAUCAUCACCUGAAGAAUCACCUCCGCGUCCACACCGGCGAGAAGCCCUACAAGUGCGAUAGGUGCGACAAGCGUUUCUGCGCGAAUCAGUCGCUAGCGAAGCACAUUCUCUGGCACGAGGAGAACCAGGAUCGAGCCUACAAUUGCUCCAAGUGCCACAAGGGAUUCGACAAACUCCAGGGCUUACGAGCGCACGAGAAGAAGCAUCGGAGGCAAGAUGAACCGAACCAGCUGCACCAGUGUCCGCAUUGUGAUGUCAAAUUCGCUCUGAAGAAGACAAUGGACAAACACAUUGGCAGUCAUAAAAUAAGGCCCUAUCCAUGUUUAGAAUGCCCGGAGGGCUUCUUCUCUCAAAAGAGCUACAAAAAGCACCUGCGUCUGCAUAAUCUCAAGAAAUAGUAGUUAGUUUUUAUGAAGAACAUGAAUCAUUCGAGCAUUAUCAAAUCAUUAUCACCUGUGUGCAAAUGAUUGCUUCCAAAGCAUAUAUUUUAA